AUGAACUUUGUUCCUGACUACCUGCCUUUACAUCACGAUGUCUUGAGGCAGUUCCAUGCUUUAUCGGCGUACCCAAAGUCAGACAUGCUGCAGGAUAUUCGAAAUCAAUUCGAAGUGGCUUUGGUAGAGAUAGUCAAUGAAAACACGGGCAGGUAUCCCGCUCAUUUAAUAAAUGAAUUGGCUCAAGAAUACCGUUCGUUGAAUGUUUUAGCUUCGGAAAUCGAUGCUUAUGACAGGCAGCUGCAGAAGGCUAAGUCUAAUUACAAACUAGAAACAGAUCAAUGCGAGCCCAUCACGCUCGAAUCAUGGGAUCAGUACCGUUUAAAUCGUUUUAAGGCCCCGUCGCUUGAACAGGCCUUUACAAAACUUGAUGCUAAAACGUCUAAUUCAAAGCCUGAUGCUUCUGGGGACCAACUGGAGAAAGUAUUUGUAGCAUUACCAUAUAUAUGGGAAGACCCCACAGUGAUGCUCCCUGAAGAUAUGGCGACGGCGCAGCAAGAAGAAGAUGAGCUCAAAUUCAGUGGUGGUACAAUUGAAUUGACAUGUCCAAUUUCUUUCCAGCCAUUUAAAGCCCCAAUGAUAUCUCGCAAAUGUGGACAUGUAUUUGAUAAGCCUGCACUGGAGAGGUUUCUUGAAAACCAGACAAAAACUUGCCCACAAGGAGCAUGUGGGCAGCAUGUAAAUAUGAAGGACUUUGUUCCUGAUCUCGUUAUGCAAUUCCGCUGCCUGAUCCAUACUACGAAGAAACAAAAGACUAGGGCUAGCCCCGAUGCCUCCACAGAUGUGGUCGACUAA